UCCUCUGCUCUGCAUGGCCUCGAGGGACUGCCCUGCACGUGAACACAAACACACACUCGCUAACGCACGAGACACUGUCGUUCUCUCCUUAGAAACCGUCAUUCGCCGCCGCGCUCGUCCAAUCGCUGGAUGACUCCUCGGCUCAUUAAUCUCAGAACUAGAUUCAUCUCCGUGUGAUGCCGUUUCCAUCUCCGUCUGCCCCUCAUCCCGCCCGCACCGAGGAGGAGAUCCCCGUCUCGGCCGCGCCGCGAAGGCAGCGACGUCUGAAAUGAGCGCUUGUACUUUAGAUGACGCUCGAUUGAAAGAGGAUCCGCUCGCUGGCGAUCUGCGCAACAGCUCCGUGACAUCAAAGAAAGGAUGCAAGACAGGCCGACGGACAACGGGGCUCCCGCUCCACCGAGAGGCUCGUCGUUUUUUAUAGAGAAUCUGCUGAGCAAGGGAUGGGAGAAACGGGGGUCGGCAUCGGCAGAAGCCGAGGAGAAAAGCGCACACGACACCGACAAGAGCCCCUCGGCUUUGGACUGCUGUGGCGCCACGUCCCGCUGCUCGUACAGAGACUUUCCGAUGCAGUGGACCCGUGAUGGGACUGUGGUGAACAUCGGGGCUUUUGAAACACCACGCAGCCCGACAUCAGAUGACCCCAGCUGCGCACUAUCGACCAGCGACAGGAACUCCCCCGCCGUUUCCGAACCGAUAACUGAGAGCAGCGACGAAGCCGACCAAAAGACGGCCGACGGCAGCCUCACGGACGAGAACGAGGACGCGUCCAGUGGGCCGAACGCACGGCGCGAGCGGGACUCAGCGUCCGGCUCGUGCUCCGGUCGGAAGAAGAAGACCCGCACCGUGUUUAGUCGCAGCCAGGUGUUCCAGCUGGAGUCCACGUUUGACCUGAAGCGGUACCUGAGCAGCUCUGAGAGAGCGAGUCUGGCCGCGUCCCUGCACCUGACGGAGACUCAGGUGAAAAUCUGGUUUCAGAACCGGAGGAACAAGUGGAAAAGGCAGCUGGCGGCAGAUCUGGAGGCCUCGCACAUCACGAACUCAACUCAGCGGGUGUUCAGAGUGCCGAUUUUGUAUCACGAGAGGCAAACUUCCGCUGGAGUUCUUGGUUUCAGCUUGAACGGACUUCCAGUUUCCCCCUCCUGGUCCGUCAACCAUCCUCUGUCGCCGUUUGCCCACUCCGUGAAUAUGUUAAGCUCGCAGAUGACCGGCUUGGUGUAGAAACUCAACCUGACUGAGAGAAAAAAAAAAAAAAAAAAAAAAA